AAUUAUAAUCCAACAAAAAACAAACGAAGAAAAUAAAAUAAAAAAUAAAAAUUGAAAAAACCGAAAGAGGAGAAGGAGAAAAGAGGAAGAAAUUACAGAAAUUAAAUUUACCAAACAAAUAUACUAAAAAAGAAAGGAAGAAAACAAACCAAAAAAAAAGAAAAAUAAAUUUAAAUAAAAAGAAAAAUAUUUGAAUUAUAUAAAUUUCAUGAAAAUUAUAUAUAGUUAAUUGUAACCCAACCCCAUCGUGUAGUUGAGCUUUUUUAUAUCAAUAUUUUAAAUGUCACUUUGUAUAACGUAGGAUAUAUCUCAAUACAUAAACAUAUAUAUAUAUAUUUCUACAUGUAUCUAUAUAGUCGGAUUGCGUGUCUCUAUAUAAAUGUUAACGUGUCCAACUCUAUCAACUAAUCAAACUUUUGGCUUAUGAUUACACAGUGAAACUAACUAAAAAAAAUCCACCCACAGUAAGGAGAAAGUAGAGGAAAUAAACAGCAAAAAAUUUGUGUGUAUGUGUCCCGCUUUCACCAAUCCUCAAUACAAUUACCCGGACGAAUAAAAAAAGUAAAGUAAAGUAAAAUGACGUAUAGCCAACGGUGUGUACAAAUUGAAAUUAAAGUAAACUUUAGCACAUAGCAUAGAGACGAGAUAUAGUAUAGAAAUUAGGAAGAAAAUGACACACCUAAUAUUUGAUGUAAACGGUAUAUAACCUCCGAGAGAAAUAUAUAUAUAUCUAUCCACAGUACUUUGCAUACAAUUAAUUUAAUUAAAUAUAAAAAAAAAACGAAAACCAAAAAAAAGAAAGAAAAUAAAUUCCAAACAAAGAGACAAGUAAAUAAAAUCAGCCCAUCAUGUAUGCCGCUGCCGGUGGUGCAAGUUUAGCGUCUCGCCGAAAGGGAAAGGAAAAGGCAGCCCUAAACAACAAAAACAAAGCUUUGCUGCAGCAAGGUCUAAAAGAUAAACUUGCAGCGGAUCUAGCUACCAAGGCCAAAGCACAAAGUCGUCAAUUCCAUAAUUUACCAGCGUCAUAUCUCCGUACACCCCAAGCACAAGCUAGAAAAUUAAGCGCCGGCUAUACAACCAGCAGUAGACUAUUACUUCCAAUAAACGAAUCAAAUCAAAAUGACAUACACAAUCAAUCACAUCACCAUCACCAUCACCACAAUACACAUCCCAAUCACAGACCCUUAUCACCCCGUUCCGAACAUCCACCGCAUCAUCGCCAAUUCCAUCAUUACGAUAAAAAUUACAUAACCAAGUCGGCAACGUUGCCACUGGUCGUAUCGCAAUCGGAACCAACGCCGCCAACAUCGCCGAUUGUCGUAAACAAUUCAAGUACAAAACCGCCCGAACCAAACGAACACCAUGCGCUGCACAUCCAAGUGCAAGACUCCAUUAUAAUCACUCCAGCCACGCCACAAGCAUCGCCCGGUCGUUCGCCCACCGGCGAACCGAACCAAUUGGAACGGAAAUGUAGUUUUUAUCGCGGACGAAAGUUGGACACGCACGAAACGAAUCUGAACGCAAAAUCAGGGACAAUAACUUGCAGCCAUGACCAGCUGGUCUAUACGGAUGAAUAUCAUACGACUUACAAUUUGCCAAAUGGCGGUCAGAAGUGGACCGAGGCUGAGUAUUGCGAUUCGGAGCACCGACAUCUGGGAAUUUGUACAUGCGAUCACGUUGAGUGUGCUCAAGGACGGGCUGCAUGGCUGGAACGAGGACGUCGAUGUAGUGUUCAAGAUAAUUCUGCUUCCUGUCAUCGGAGAUGGGUGAAAAGAAAUCGGAUACAUGAUUCUUCUUUGGGUGGCUCAUCAGACGACGACGAUUUUUUAGGUGUAUUAAGAGGACCCAGUUCAUUUGCGAAUGCCUUCCUUUACGUAGGAUUAGGUACAAUUGCUAUCGGUUUAGUAAUUGCCUUUGUUGGGACCGGCGAAAAAGGAUUUAAAACAGUUGAAUUAAGACUUAUAGGACCAUCGUUAAUAGGUGUCGGUUUAGUUUGUUGUAUCCUUCGAAUAUUAUUUUGCAUUUGUCCGUCUCAUUGUAUAAUGUCUAGCCGUCGAAAACUGAAGAAAAAGAACGCUAAAGUCGAUGCGGAUCAUACGACUUCCUUGCUGCGUGCAGAUAGCAAACGUGUAUCAAUUGCUAGGGGACCGCAGCAAAAAUAUCCACAAACCUCUAAAUCGAGGGAACAGAGCGAUUUGAAUGAGGGAAUGGAAGCACUUCGACAAAUUGCAACAACAUCACUGUUUCUACAAAAUGAACAUAAUGUGGUGACAAAUCGUAACGUUCCUAUAAUCAAGGAGCCUGACAAACGAGAAGAGGCACCUCUAGAACUUAAAAAAAUUGAUGACAUGUCCAUUGAAGUGUGUAGCAUUAGUGAUGACGAUGAUAACGGUAGCCAUAAGCAUACUAUAGUCGAACCAACGCGUAGCCAAGAACCAAGACCAAAUAAAUUACUACGAACCAGAGCUCCAGUCAAUCAACAGAAAACAAAAGACUCCGACACGUUACUGAUGGAAACGUCCUUAGUGACACUAAACCAAUCACCGAUAUUACCGUUGACACAUCAUUCCGCCACAAAACCAACACAACCAACACAACCACCAGCCGCAAUAGCAACAACAUCAACCAUUCUACAAUUACCAUCGCAAGGUAUUUUCGAACUCGAUGGACAUUCAUCGGCGUCUGUAUUCCACUCGCAAACGACUGAAUCGGAACUUGUACUAAGUCCAGCGAAACUUGGACAGUAGUAGUGCAAUGUGUGUCUUACAAAGUUAAAUAAAAUUUAAAAAAAUAAUUAAAUUGAGAAGGAGCAAUAACAAGUCGAUGAAAGGUACCAGUGUUGUGGCUGAUUUUUUCAAAUGUAAAACGGAUUGUGACAUUGUGAAUCAAAAAGUGUAACAGAAUAGAAGGUAAAGAAAAUUGGAAAAAUGGGAGGAAAAUAUGAAUCAUAAAAGUAAUAAAAAAAAAGAAAUUUAAAGAAAAAGAAGAAAAACAUUUACGUAGGAUAUAGGCCCCGAUAAUAAGCCUUGCGUGUACUUAAUUAUAAUAUGGAUAAAAUAUGAAAACCAUUUGUAAAAUGUAUAGCAAAAACGCAAUGAUGUGUAUAUGUUUCUAGGGUAAAAACCAUUUUUAUCGUUUGGUUAUUUUCCAUUUCUCGAUUGUUUUUCUUUCCUUUUUUGAAUGGAUAAAAUUGCAUUUCUUUGAAUUCAGGGAUGAACAACACAUAAAAAAUAAAAAAUUAUAAAAUCAAAAACCAAGUGGACUAAGCGAAAAGAAAUGAUUUCAGGUUCCAGAGUCGAAUUGCAACAUUGAUUAAAAAGCGCCGCGCUAAAUAUUAUAACUUGUUAUGUUUUUGCUUCGUAUUGACGAUGAACAGAGUGGAUUGAUAAAAUGAAUCCAAACUUUUGUCAAGAAAUAUUUUCCAGAAUUUUGCACGUACGCCGUUGGGUUUCUGUUUCCUAGAAUUAUGUUUAAAUUACAAAUUGCCUCACCUCGUUUUAUGUGACGAGAGUGACUUUUUUUAAUUAUCACAUGUAUGUUUAACGCUUUUACCAUUUAAUACAAACGUACGAAUGGUACUGCUGACUGUACAUGUGGAAUGAAUAGAAUUUAGUAAAGACAAGAUCACAGUUAAUUUUAGAUAAGUCUCAAUCUCAAAACAGGUCUAAUAGUGCCAGUGGAAAGUCACAAAAAAUCAUACCACCUUCCGCUUAUUACUGUGACUUCUACGAGAUGUUUGACUCAAUUUCGCAUGACCUGAAAUUGACCUGUUUCGAGCCUUUAUUUGAGGUCACAGUGAGGGAAUAUUUUUGAAAGCACUUUUUCCCAUACUUUCUUGAAUUGUCCAACAUUUGCUAUACGCUAACACUUUAUUUGACUAAAAUCCUCGGAGAAAACUUUAAUGAUUUUUCUCUUGAUAUUAC